UGCAGUUACCCGGUCCGGACGCAUCGACCAGUCUCCGGUACGUCCGCGCCCUUCGAGCAUAGCCUCGCGAAUUUUCGAGCGCAAUUUUUUUGGGGUUAUCACACGUGGUUUUACGCACUAUCGACAAGUUACGUCGACUGAUAUCAGUUCUUGCAUGAAUGUUUUGAGGUUAUUCCGUGGUGUUAUCAACGGCGCUUCCGGUUUUGGAUCCCCCCUCUUAUCACCUACGCGUUUGUGAUAAGACGAAUCUUUGUUAAUUUUUGCCGGUUUCUCACGAAGAUCGGAGUUUUUCCAUCGAAAUUUGUUGUGUUUAGACUAAACUGUUUGUUAUCGCGAUUGUUUUGAAGUCCGUCUAAAUUUUUUUGGUUCGCUCUCUUAUCACCACUUCGUUUUUGAUAAGGCGAAUUCCCUUCGAAUGGUCGGAUUUUGUGCGCAUUGAAUUUCGACACGAGUGAAUAUUUCAUUUAUCACGGAUUGUCAUCAACUUCAUCUACGUUUUUUGAUACUUUUAUCUCCGGUUCAUUACUGAUAAGAGGAAACUUUGCUCGGUGAUUUUUAAAGAUCUUUUUCGAUUGAAUUUUUUUAUUCAAGUUCUCACUAUCCUUACGGGUCGUGCGCAUGUGUUUGUUAUUGUUAUAAAGUUUUAUCUUCAAUUUUUAAAUAAUCUGAAAGAUUACCUGCCACUGUUUUGGUCGCAAACAGCUGCGGAAGUGACUGAUUUUGUCGAGCGCACCCCAGCAAGUUGUUCAGAUUCUUUUUUCACCGGAAAAUGAGUUUGAAGUGCCUUAUGUUUUAUUAUUUGCCCAUUGCUUGGAACAUUUUUGUGGUGGUAAGCUUAUUUUUGUGAAGUACCCUCAAUCAGAACACGAGGUACUCAAAAUUCAUAAGUAAAAAAACCCAAUUUGCUUGAAUUCGAAAUACUUGCUCUCGUGAGUGUCGACAAUCUUUUUGUGCUAGUUUCGCCGUUCACAAACCGGGAGGUUCCUUUGCAUAGCCUUUUCGUGGAAAUCUGUAAGGAAUACUCUCAAGAUGCCUAUCAGCGAGGACGAAUUUGAAAGCAGGGUGCAUUCGUCGAAUCCUUUGGCUUAUCAUCAUUAUCAUCAGCAACAACUCCAGAUGGCCAUGUCGAAAGCAGAACAGAGAAAGAACAACAAACCAAUAAUGGAGAAAAAACGCCGGGCGCGAAUCAAUAAUUGCCUAAGCGAGCUGAAAUCAUUGAUCCUGGAUGCAAUGAAGAAAGACCCGGCCCGGCACUCGAAGCUCGAGAAAGCGGACAUCCUGGAGAUGACCGUGAAACACCUGCAAUCCGUGCAAAAGCAACAACUGUCCGUGGCGAUGGCGGCCGACCCGACGGUGGUGCACAAGUUCAAGACCGGGUUCAGCGAGUGCGCGACCGAGGUGAACCGCUUCAUCGGGCGGCUGGACGGCAUCGACGCCGGGCUCAAGCAGCGGCUGGCCGCCCACCUCGGGAGCUGCGUCACCGGGCUCCAGCAGAUCGCCCCGACGACGAUGUUCCCGCCGUCGACCCCGGCCAUGCCCGCCCCCGACGACCUGAACAACAACCAGCGGCUCCAGGCGCUCUCCGUCCAGCUCAUCCCCUCGCGACUCCCGACGGGGGAGUUCGCCUUCGUCCUCCCCAACAGCUCCCGCGGGGGGAGCGCCUUCACGGCCGUCCACAAGGACGACGACGCCGGCCUCCUCAGCCCCGAGUCGACCUCCUCCUCGCCCGUCUUCGACGCCCCCGGACACUCGGAGGUCACCUCCACCACCCUCGAGUUCAAGAUCCCGCAGAGGAACUUCAACAAGAGCCUCAUGAAGAACCGGAUCGUCUACCAGUCGCAGGCCGCCAAGCUCCGGGCGGAGGAGGGGCUCCUCAAAGAGCUCACCAAUUUCCCGAGGGAGGAGAGCAAUUAUGAGGACAAGCGCGAUCUCUUUGCGAGGUCGUUCCUGACGUCACAAAAGCUGAAACCUUUGACCGUGAUCACUUCCGAGGACCGGGGCUUCCACCCGGCCGGCAAGAACCCUCUGGACUUCUCCAUGAAGCGUCUCGUGGAAUCGCCGACCAUAAAAUCGGAGCCGGACCUCGAGUCCAGGCCGAUUGGCCUCCUCCUCCCGAAGAGUCUGAAACCCGAACUGGACCUGAAACCCGAGUUGGAUCUGAGUCAAGAGUCCGGCUUCCUGAAGCGAGGCCAUGACCGGAGUCCUGACGAAGAUGGACCCGGGGCCAAAAGGACCAAGGUGGAGUCCUCGGAAGAGGACGGCGAUUCGCCCAGACCCAAGUCCGAGAGCUCGCCGCUGUCGUCGUCCACGUUGUCCACGUCCACUCUGUCCACGUCUACCUUGUCCACGUCAAGCGGAUCGUCCAGCGUCGAGAAGGACAGCAUGUGGCGACCCUGGUGAUGUUUCUUCAUCUGGUCUUAGAUUAAGACUCCCACAACUCCCCUCUGUCGUCAACCACGCUGCCUUCGUCCGCACGUUGUCCACGUCUAACGCCUCGUUAAGCGUCGAGAGAGACGGAAUUUGGUGACCGUGCAGGGUGCCAGGGUGUCUACAAGUCCGGAAUUUCCGGAAAGUCCGAAUAUAGUACUGAUUUUUUAAGAGCGGUCUGGAAGUACUGAAAAAAAGCGGAAUUUCGCGAGAAGGUUCGGAAUUUUUGUCAUUUUUGUCGCAAUUUGAGCGAGAAAUUCAAUUUUUGAAAAUUUUCGAAUUUCGUCAAAUGGAGGUACUGAAAAAGAACUGAAUUUCUCUUAUGAGGAAGUACUGAAUUGCACAGGGACGGACUGGAAAAGUACUGUAAAAGUACUGAUUUUUGGCCAGCCUGUUUUAGUAGACACCCUGACCGUGGUGACGUAAAUUUCUCGGGUCUCAGGUUAAUACUCCACGGCUCGGAUGCGAUGAUAUGAAAUGGUGCAGGGGCGCCAUUUGAAGGGAAAGGGCGUGAGGUGGCCAACUUUCCUAACUGGCAUCGAAUAAAAUUUGACCAUUUUAAGUUUCAUUAAUUUCGUGUUUAUUAAUUAAUUUUUCGAAUGCGCAAGUAUGUUUCAGUUUUAAAGUCAAUUACAUCACCAUUGAUAAAACAUAAUCCUUGUGUUAAAAAUUUCCCGGCUAACAUGGCUUACAUUUCUCUGAUAAAUAUUUUUAAGGUUGUCCUAACCCAAGGGCAUACCCCGAGCAUUGUAUAACUUGUUCUAAGCUUAUCAUUUUUAGAGGUUGUUGAAAUUGCUUCCUCUUUAAAUAAACCUCCCCCCCUUCCCCUACGCCUGAGUCGUGGAUUAUAUUUUAAGUACAUGAAUGAAAAAGACUUCUUAGAAUUAAUCAUUGUUUUUCGUAGUUUUAAAUUAUUUAGAUUAUUUCUAUUCUGAAUUAACUCGUUAGUGAUUUAUUUUGUACCUCAGGAAUCGUCCCAGCUUUAAUUUGUGAUUGGAUAAAUGUUCGCAGAAAGGAAUCAAGCGCAGUAUCAGGGAAAAUGUGUCAUGAGUGAAUUCAAACGUAAUAUAAGCAUAGCAUUCUCAUGCCACGAAACCAAAAUCCCAUAAAUAAUUUGUGGUAUUCCAAAUGCUUACUCUAAGUUCAUUUUUCACACUGAGUGUAAUGUUGUGAGAGAAGAAAAUCUCAAACCUCUUAUUCUCUGCUAUAACGCAAUGCCACUUGGUGCCUCUCUGUUUUAAAGUCACCUCAAUUUUAAUAUUGGAUAUUAGAUUUUUCUAAGGAUAUGCAGAAUGCCUGCAAUAACCGUGCGAUUGAAAGGAAAUGAAUUCGAAGUCUGGGAAUUGGUAUCCAUUCUUGUUACCCUUUUGUAUUUUGUAUUUUUUGUUGAACUAGCUCAUGUCUGUGAAUAUAUUUAAUGCUCCUGUAAAAUAAUUUUAACGUGCCUUUAUAAUCACGUAUGUCUUUCUGGAUAAAGUGAAUAAUUUGCACGAUGUAAAAAUAAAUUGUUAUUGAAAAGCUUUAA